CGUCAGAGCAUCGUCGACGUCGUCGUCGUCGUAGUCGGUUCGUUGUUCGUUACAAAUUCAAAACAGCAACAGAAAAACGCACGCGAGUUAUUUAUAAAUUCCAAAUCAAAACCAAAUGCACAGAUGCAGUUGCACUCCAUGCAACAAAUUACAAAUUUAAAAAUAUAAUUUUGUGCGUGUGUUUUUUGUGUCUCACUCUCUCUCACUCACUCUUUUGGAGGUGCAUUCGUCUGACAAAAAUAAAACAUCAUUUCGUCUGUGAAUUGUAUGUGAGAUUGUGUGUGUGUCGUGCACGUAUGUGUGAGUGUUUGAGUUAAGUGAAAAUAUUUGCUUAGAAAUUUUGCGCAGUGCGAGUGUUAUUUGCAUAAAAAGCUCAGCUUUGACGCUUGGAAAGUCGCGUCAGCGGCCCGUUACAGUUUGACAGCCACUGGCUAACUCACACAAAAUAACCAAAAAAAUAAAAAUAAAAAGGCAGCAGCAAAAAAAGCAACACAAAUAACUCGUCAAACGAGUCGAACGACGUGCAAAGAAAACGCAAAAAAAUACAAAAUAUACAGCCAGGCAACAACAACAGCAACAACAACAAAAGUCAUAAUAAUUUUGAAGAGAAGAAAAACGACUUUACCAAAUUAUAACAAUUAGCUCAACGGCUGCGGCUACAGUUUGAAUUGCAUGCCGCCCACAACAAUAACAAGAGCAACUGGCAGCUGUCUCCCUCCUCUGUCUCCCUAUUCCUUCCAUCGAUCAAUGCAGUCAGCCUAGACAGCAACCACAACAACAGCAAGAAGCAGCAGAGAAACAGAGAAACUGCUUGCAAACGCAAGAAAAGAAGAAGAAGAAGCAGAACAACAAGCGAAGGUGGCAUUUUACAGCGAAGGCGCUGAACGGCGUUGGGUGCGUCAGGCGGUCAUGGGGGUGUUAAGGUGGCGCGAUCUGCCCGGAUCGCGAAUGUCGUCGUCGGGCUCGAGCUCAGCAGCAGCAGCAGCAGCCGCCGCAGCGGCAGCACAACAACACAACAGCAGCAGCAACAACAAUAACAACAACAGUCAACAGUAUCACCAUAAUAACCACAACAACAUCAACAACAAUAACAACAACAACAAUCACAGAGAGAACCAUCGCGGCAGCAAUGGCAGCGAGGAGCGCGUGCCACAGCCGCAUUCACCACACGAUGCUGGCCACAAUGGAGGAGGACUGCAGCACUCGGGAUCGCGCGCCACAUUGCGCCAUUCGAUGAAUCACUCCAGCACCUCAGUCUCUGGCUCCGCCUGCAGCUCGACGCCCGCCUCGCCUCAGCUGAGCGGCGUGGUGAGUGCAACGGGCGGCCAACUGCUCUCGAAUGGUCAUCACUAUCAGUCGCAAUCGUCGGUCUCAUCGAACUCCUCGAUUGUCUCGGCCAUUCCCGCCUCGCAGCGUCUGCUCGAGGAUGCGUUGUCCAAGACGGCGCCCUACCCGAUGAUUAUGCUGCCCCUACACGGCGGCUACUGGCUGGAUGGCACCGAGCACGAGUGCAGCUACGAUGCCCGAGGCAAUCCACAGUUGCCACAGACCACCUGGAUGGCCAAGUUCGAGACGGACGACACGGCCAAGUGCUAUCGUCGCUUCUAUGCGGGACGCGAGCACUCCAACCUCGUGGGUCACGACGAGCAACUGGGUCCGGUGCUCAUCUCCAUCAAGACGGAGAACGUGGCCAAUCAGGAGCACAUGCGCAUCCUGCUGCGACUCCGCACUGGCACCAUGCACGAGCAGAUUCCCGUCUCCUGCAUGGGCGCCCAGCCGAGUCCGGCGAAGAUGGUGCGACUGCUGAACGAACAGAUUCAGGUGGACAACUUUAUGCCCGUGCUGUGUCCGCGUGCCUCGCAGCUGAUCAGCGUCUAUGAUGAGCAUGUCUUAGUGUCGCACUUCAAGUUCGGCGUGCUGUACCAAAGAUACGGCCAGACCACCGAGGAGGAGCUCUUUGGCAACCAGCAGACGUCGCCCGCCUUUGAGGAGUUCCUCGACGUGCUCGGCCAGCGCAUUCGCCUCAAGGAGCACAAGGGUUAUCGCGGGGGACUGGACAUUCAGAACGGACACACUGGCGAUACAGCAGUCUACGAGGUGUUCAAGGAACGGGAGAUCAUGUUCCAUGUUUCGACGCUGCUGCCCCACACCGAGGGUGAUCCACAGCAGCUGCAGCGCAAGCGGCACAUUGGUAACGACAUCGUGGCCAUCGUGUUCCAGGAGACCAACACGCCCUUCUCGCCGGACAUGAUUGCCAGCCACUUCCUGCACGCCUUCAUCGUGGUGCAGCCCCUCGAACCCAACACUCCACACACUCGCUACAAGGUCAGCGUCACGGCUCGCGACGAUGUGCCCUUCUUCGGGCCGACGUUGCCCAGUCCUGCGGUGUUCCGCAAGGGACAGGAAUUCAAGGAAUUCCUGCUGACGAAGCUGAUCAAUGCGGAGAACGCCUGCUACAAGGCCGAGAAGUUUGCCAAGCUCGAGUUGCGCACUCGCACCUCGCUGCUGCAGAAUCUCGUCGAGGAGUUGAAGGAGAAAACUCGCGACUUCCUCGGCGCCGAUCUUUCGCAGACCAUUGCCGGCAGUCCCACCCCCGAGACACCCAAGUCGGAGAGCGGCGGCGGCGGUGGCAGCGGAGGAAAUGCAGGCACUCGCUUCAUUGACACCGUCAAGAAGGCGCUGAUCAUGCGCGUGCGCUCCCAGAGCGUCGACACCGGCAACGGGGCGCAUCCGGACAAGUUCAGUGUGAACACCAAGCUGGGCACACUCAAUGCCAAAAAGGAACCGCAGCCCGAGACGCAAACGCCCAAUCUGAAUACCUGCAGUCGCACGGCGUCCAAGUCGUCGUCCAAGUCCAAGUCGUCAAAUGAGUCGACCUCCUCGUCGCCGGACAUCACUUCGCGACCGGCCAACAAUAACAACAACAACAACUUGGCUGCCCACGCUCCAGUUGCCAACCAACAGAAUGGUGGCGGCAUUGGAGGUGUGGCCUCAGCUGCUGUGAGCGCAGCGCAGAAUGGCGGUAUUGUGGGCGUGGCCGUGGCCACCAUGUCGGAGACCAGCGAUGACUCGAGCUUGAACAGCGUAGAUCUUGACCCAAUGAUGGGUCACCUCGAUGGAGGCGCCGCUUACAUCGACAGCGACACUGGGCUGGAGAGCAUGAGCUCGGCGGAGGCCACGACCAAGGCGUGCUCGCUGUGCUUGGAGGGUGUGCAGGGCACCAUGAUGGGCAGCUCGCCCAGUAACGAGACCAUCAUGAUGAUCGAGAAUCUGCGCCAGGAGGUGACGCGCCUCAAGUGCGACAAGCUCGAUCUGCUGCGGCAGAAUGUGACCUGUCAGCGAGAUAUCAAGCGACUAAGGGAGCGAGAGAUGUCCUUGCAGGGUGAUCUGGCUGCAGCUGGACGCGAGAUCCUGCGACUACGCGAUCUUUUAAAGGAAUACAUGCCGGACACGGCUGCGGCGCCGCUCUCCAUAUCGCCCAUCUAAGCGUCUAACGCAGCGAGAGAGAUACAGAGAGAGAGAGAGAGGAAGUUGAAAGGAAAGAGCAGGAGUAACCACUGUGCCGUGUAUAACACUUUGGAAGCAUCGAGAGAAGGGAGAAGAAGAAGUCGAAUCAAAGUCGAAGGAGCAAAACUGUAUUAUAUUUAGUUUGCAUUAGAUCUGUAGAACUCGCAGAGAUCAACAAAACAUUAUUACGGACGAAGAGGAGAAGGAGUUCGAGAAUUAUUAUUACAGUUAGAGAGUACAGUUAGUAGUCUACCUAUGCGUAUAUAUAUGUAUAACAGUUACAAACUAAACGAAAAACGAAAAAAAGCAUCAACACAGAACACAAAACUCAAAAAGUUACACCAAAUAUAUAGCAUCUAAGUCUUUAAGCAUAUUUAAACGCAAUGCUAGAAUUUUCCCCAACCCCAGACGAAAAAAAAAUCCCUAAUCCUUAUUAUAAGUAGCAAGAGUGCAAGAAAGAGACAAAUAGUGUCGUAGAAAGAGAGAGAGAGAGAGAGAGAGAGCGAGUGCUAUCGAUUAGCCAAGCAUCACAGUUACAGUUACAGGUUAAAGUUAAAGCUAAAGAUAAAGAUAAAGAUACAGAAAGUUAUUCCACGAUUAUCGAAUUCAAAUCACGAUUAGUAGAUCAAUGUUACGCAACACAAUUUGUAGUCGCACCUGGCAACAUUCUGUGAAACUCUCGUUUUCAUCACAAGAACAACCUCAUCAGCAAUUUAUAACCAAUAAUAUUUACUCACACACACACAAUGAAAUUACAAUAUAAUCGAUAUAUAUUCGAUAUAUAUGUGUAUUAUGUAUGUAUGUGUUUCACCAUUUCACAGGAUAUCACAUCCCCUCGAUAGUUUCUAGCAGCAGCAAAAUCGAUAACACAAGAUAACAAACCAACCAAUCAACCAACAACAAAACCAACAAAUCAACUCUUAACAAUUAAGUUUAAGUUGCUUUAAAUAUUUCUAAUGAACUAUGUUAAAUAUUUAAGUUGAGAGCAGACGACGACGCCGACGAAGCAUCGAAUCGAUCUGCGGACUCAUUGUACAUAUUUUUAAUUUAACAACGCAUAAUUCUCGAUCAAUCGAUCAAUCAUCGAUCAAUCGCAAUUAACAAACAACUCUUUAACAAAAACGAUACAAGAAAUGUUUCAAAAUCACAACAAACAAUUUUCACAUAUUUAGACAAUUAUUAUGAAUAAAAAAAGAAAAUCAAAGAAAAAUCAAAGAGAGUUCUUAUCAAGUUAUCGACAUGAAAUUAUGCAAAAAGAAAACAUAAAAAAAACAAAAUUUAAUCUAUGAAUUCUACCAUAAGUACCACAAA